AUUUUCAGGAAUAAUGCUUUUGUUCAGCCAAGGUGGCCUGAAAUCUCAAGCACGGCAGUUGCAAAGCAAAUUCAGCAGUAUUGUGUUCAAUACACGUCAUUUACGGACUGGUUGAGAAAUGUUGAGUCAAUCGAAUGUUCGUCUUAUCGGUUAUUGUCCUCUGCCAUCAUUGUGUUCAUAAAUUGGAAACGGGAGUCGCGUGGUCUGCAGCUCACACCACGUGUCACAGUGCUGAAAGUGUCACCUUUAUGCUUCGGUGGUGCAAUGACAGGUGUUGUGGUCAGCCUCUGUAUUGAUGACAGGUACGAGCAUAAAGAGCGAUAUCUAACUCCUCCAGCAAUUAUCUGUUUCGUUUGCCUUUGGAUGUUCAUCAUAUACGCUGUACUUGUUAUUGGAAGAUACUGCCGCUAUUUGAAAGCCUUAAGGCUCAUCAGAAGCCGGAAUCGCUUCAACGUUGAUGUGAGCUUUUUUGUAACGUUUGUCUAA